AUGUGUUUUGAGAACUGGAAUGCUGAAGUUGCCAAGAAUGCUGAAAAGUGGGCAAACAGGUGCACCUUGUCUCACAGCUCAAGAAGUCAACGAAAAGUUAUUGCUAAUUGUGGAGAGAAUUUAUUCAUGUCCAGUGCUCCCUUACCAUGGUCACAUAUAAUCCAAGUUUUUUAUGAUGAAGUUAAAAAUUUUAAAUAUGGAGUUGGAGAUAUUCGAUCAAAUUCUAAAACUGGUCAUUAUACCCAGCUUGUUUGGGCCACUUCCCACGAGAUUGGUUGUGCCUUAGCCCACUGUCCUCACAAGCACCUCUCCUAUUUCUACGUUUGUCAUUAUUGCCCAGAGGGAAACAAUAUAAAUACAAAGAAGACCCCAUAUAAAAAAGGAAAACCAUGUGGGGACUGCCCUAAUCACUGUGAUAAUGGGCUUUGCACCAAUCCCAGCAAGUAUAUUGAUAGGUUCUUCAAGUGUGCGAUUUAG